UUUCUUUUUUCUUCCACAAAAAAAGACAAAAAUAGCGGAACUCAUUGUAAACUUGAAUAGACUUUAUUUGUUAUAACUGAAGUUUAUUCAAUACUUGCUCCAAUCGCCCGCGUUGUCAAGAGUAAAGAUUUGGUUACAGUACUGCUGCGUUUUAUGCCAGAUCUCUGAAUUCUGUGCCGUAUUCUAUUUAGAGAUAUAGUAUCUAAUCCCUUUUUAAACAAAAUUUGUUUAGCUUUUCUUAGACUGAGCAAUGGUUUCUUUUCAAAAAGGAGAACAACAGCUUUGUCCUCACUUUUAGGUGCAUGUCACGUGAUUGCUUCCUGUGUCUUGCCGUCUACGUUUCUAGUUUUCCCAUAAUGAUCAGAACACCUCUUCAUAAAUGUAGUACUCGUAUUUAUUGUAAAUACUUUGCAGUUUUUUUAAUAGCCCAUUUGGGACCUUUAGGAUGCUUCAUGAGAAAGCUUGAGCACAAAUUUUUCUUAUUUCACGGCAAGAAGAUUGUUGAAAAACUGACCGAAUUUUACACUUCAGAUCGCAAUUAAAAAAAAUGAGUGUAUUUGGAAGAAUUUUUUAACCUAGUGUAUUCGCCUUCCUCAAACACUGUUUUCAGAGUCGGUUAGGAAAUUUUCCCCGAAGCGGCUUGAAUCAUACGACCUUUUAUAUUUCUUUGUCAGGUAAAAUUGGAACGAAUAAUAUUUUUAAUAAUAAUUUCUUUUCUCUCUAUUUCUAUAUAUUUUAGCCACUCAGUAGUGAAAUUUUAUUUAGAAACAAAAAAAAGUUUUUGGAAAUAAAAAUAGAAUGUUCAUUACUUUUUUAUUUCGAAAAAUAAUAAAAUGCCUCUAAAAAAAAAAUCACACUUUUUAUGAGUUGCAAAUGGAUAUAACCCCUUAACGAACAAACUUUAUAUGAUAAAGUGGCUUUCGAACAAACGAGAUGCAAACAAUUACACUGAUCAAUAUUUUAAAAUAAAUAUAAGGACAUAAUGUCGCAAGAUACCGUUUAUGUGCUUUUACAUCCAAACUAUUAUUAAUUUAUUUAAAGAAUUUAUCUACCCACAUCAAAAAAGGAAGCAUCAGUCAGAUUGUAUAUUAAAAUUAUAAAUGCUUAGUGAAAAGGAAAUUCUUUUCAUUUUUUCAGAGUGACAUCUAUUGCGGAUCGGCUGAAUGUUGAGUUUGCUCUUAUUCAUAAAGAAAGAAAAAAAGCAAACGAAGUAGCUUCCAUGGUUCUUGUUGGAGAUGUGAAAGACAAAAUUGCUAUUUUAGUAGACGAUAUGGCGGACACUUGUGGUACUAUAGUUCAUGCUGCUGACCGGUUGGUUGAAGCUGGUGCACUCAAGGUUUAUGCCAUUUUAACUCAUGGUAUAUUUUCGGGUCCGGCGAUUUCCCGGAUUAACAAUGCUUGCUUCGAAGCUGUCGUUGUUACAAAUACAAUACCAUACGGACAUAUGAGGGACUGUCCGAAAAUUCAGUGCAUUGAUGUUUCGAUGAUGUUUGCCGAAGCUGUUAGAAGGACACAUAAUGGCGAAAGUUUCUCAUAUCUCUUUUCAAAUGUUCCGUAUUAAUACUUCUCACAAAUCCAAUCCUAAGAAAUUAUGAAAAUAUUGUGCAAAUGUCACCGUCACUCACAGAUGCUUUUCGUUGAAAAUUAUUUUUGUGUGGAAGCAUAUUGUAGUUUAAACUAUGAUUUUAUCCAAAACUAUUUAAAUAAAUAUAAUGUCAACACUUGUUAAAUUUAAUUUCCAAAAUAGUAGAACUUGUUAGGAACAAUCCCCAGCCACUCAAAUCUUAGUUUUGUUGUUUAUGACCCCAAAUCCUUAAAAUAGUUCUCCAAUAUCCACUCAGAUUUUAUUAAUUGCUAUUGAGUUGUCUAAAAAUCGACUUAAAUAAAAAGUAUAAUUAACAAA